GAAGCGCUUUCGAUGAACUCAUACAUUCACUUCCUCAUACGAUCUGCUCGGCAUCGCGAUUUUCUCCGCUUCAUAGUCACGUCCUUGGUCCUUGGUCAUGGCUACAUCAUGUGGGUUCGUCCAUUCACUGCCGCUAAGUAUCGCUUGCAAUCCUUCUUGACAUGUGUGAAUGUUUGUUUCGCUGCUACCAUGCUCAUAACAGGUGAUGUUCACUUCCUGCUCCCACUUGGUCUUCCGUGAUUCCGAUCCACCACGACGUGUUCAUCCCACCUUGGCUGGGUAUAUGCUCGAAGCGCUCAGGUCAAGACUACGCCUCUCUCUAGAUGCAAGACUAGCCACGUCAAAGUCACAACGACACGGACAUCUCAUCAACGGCCUUGCAAAGAGCGCGCGAAGAUCGACAAGACCGAGGUGCUUGCGAAGACCUCUUUCCAACCCCGAUGUCUACAGACAACCUUCACCGGGCUCCCCUCCAAAGAUGACGCCCUUUCCAAACCCUUCAAAACGCAGAAAGAGCCAUCCACAUCCAUAUCUCAGCGGCAACUUUGCUCCUGUACAUAAGACUGUUCCGUUGACACCAUGUAAAUACACGGGCACGAUCCCGGAAGAGCUGAUUGGAGGGGAAUACGUUCGAAAUGGGGGCAACCCAGUGUCAAACGAGGACUUGGGUCGAGAUGCCCACUGGUUUGAUGGUGAUGGCAUGCUCAGUGGCGUGGCAUUCACAAGGACCGUCGACGGAGUUCAACCUGAGUUCGUCAACCAGUAUGUCUUGACUGAUGUCUUCCUAUCCACAACAACCUCCAAACACCUACGUACUCCGAUCCUACCCAGUAUUGCGACUCUCGUCAAUCCGCUGUCUUCGCUAUACAACAUCAUUCUGUUGGUCUUCCGUACCAUCUUUCUUGUGAUCUUGUCAAGAUUGCCAGGCUCGGUACAGGCUAUCAAGAAAAUCAGCGUUGCAAAUACAGGUAUUCUUUUUCAUGAUGGUCGGGGCCUUGCAACCUGCGAGUCUGGUCCGCCCAUGCGAGUCAGCCUUCCAGGCUUGGAGACCAUUGGCUGGUACAAUGGAAAACGAGCUGAAGGUGAGCUUGGUGGCGAAGAAGGCUCAGGCUUCGGGGGGGUUGGUUUGCUCGGCUUUAUGAAAGAAUGGACGACAGCACAUCCACGAGUCGAUCCCAGAACGGGAGAGCUGGUCCUCUUCCACUCGACCUUUGCACCACCAUAUGUACAUUACUCAAUCAUUCCUGCCACACAUCUGCCGGCUGUCUCCACAACACCGCUGGAUAGGCCGACCAGGCUACUCAAUGCACCGAUUCCAGGCAUAUCAUCGGCCAAGAUGAUGCACGACUUUGGGGUUUCUUUCAACCACACUGUCAUCAUGGAUUUACCUCUAUCUCUUGACCCCUUGAACCUUGUAAAGAAUAAAGCGGUUGUCGCUUAUGACCCUGCUUCCAAGUCACGCUUCGGUGUCUUUCCCAGGCACUCGCCAGAGCAAAUCCGCUGGUUUGAGACCAAAGCUUGUUGUAUAUUUCAUACCGCCAAUACUUGGGAUGAUCAAGUCAAUAACAAAGACAGCGGCAGGGUCGAAACUAUCAAUAUUAAUAUGCUAACGUCUCGAUUGACGUCGGCUUCACUUGUUUUCUCCGCUGGUGACGUCGCUGCACCACAACCGAUUUCACUUGAUGGCACGGAAGAAGAAGACCAGUGUCGACUGUAUUACUACCAAUUCCGCAUGGACGAUCCUGACCAAAACCGGAUUAACUAUCAGUUCGCGUUGAGCGCCAUUCCUUUCGAGUUUCCAAGCGUGCAUGAGAGGCAAGGGAUGGGUUGGGUCAAGUAUGUCUACGGCUGCUCGACUUCCGAGGGCUCCUUUGGUGCCGCCCUUGGUAGAGCAGUCAAGAUCGAUUGUCUCGUCAAGUUCGACACAGAAACUCUGAUCAAGCGAGGCAAGAAGGAUCCAACUGUACAAGACAUCACUGGCUGCGUGGACACCAGGACGGUACAAGAAAUUGUCGAUUCCAACGUCGAGGAUGACCCCAUCUCAGUUUUCCGUCUGCCACCCGGUUGGUACACUCAAGAACCACGCUUCGUGUCGCGUCGAAACGGCCAGAAUGAAGAUGAUGGUUGGUUACUAACCUAUGUCUUCGAUGAGUCUCAGCUCGAUUCAAAUGGCGAUUGUCGACCUGACGCUGUAAGUGAACUUUGGAUCAUUGAUGCGAGAGACAUGAAUACGGUCGUCGCUCGCAUUCACCUCACUCAGCGGGUCACCUAUGGCCUCCAUGGCAACUUCUUCAGCGAAGACCAAAUCAAAUCUCAACGGCCCGUGGAGACCAUACGGGGCAUCAAGGAGAUGGAUGAAACGAAACAAGGCAGCCUCUGGCUAGCCGUGAGGGACUGGAUAGAGAGGUUCCUUGGAUGAUGAUUCUACGCAGAACAUGAGAUACCCACAUACGAACAGCGUUUGCAUUGGCGUGGCGUUGAUUGAGCAGAGUACCCUUCUCCUACUGUGUUAUCCAAUUAUGCCAUCAAGCGGUGGCCGUACAUAGUCUUAAUGAACAGUCCUGGAUUGAUUUAAUGCG